GCUCCUGGGUGGCUCAGUCGGUUAAGCGCCUGCCUUCGGCUCAGGCCAUGAUCCCGGGGUCCUGGGAUCGAGUUCCGCGUCGGGCUUCCUGCUCAGCCCUCUCCCUCUGCCACUCCACAUGCUUGUGCUCUCUUGUUCUCUGUCAAAUAAAUAAAUAAAAUCUUAAAACAACUUUUCCCUGGGAGGAAAACACCUCUGAACCCAGUGUUGUACACUUGCAGUGACACUUGGAGCCCCCCCGCUGUAGUCAGCGGGCCCCCUCUGAACACCUGUGCUGGCCACAAGGGAAAUGGGGAGAGAUGACAAAAACCCAGCUCCACCCAUUACCAUGAAUCUCCUUGGGUUUUGUUAAGGAGGCUCCCGCAUCCAAAUCUCACACCUGCCACCACCCCCUGGGGCCCAUUGAGUUCUAAGAAGAAAUGAACACACUUGAGUAUGCUCUGUGCCUGUGAGCUCCCGGGUCACCCGGCCACCGUGGAAAGACCAGAAGGAGGAGGGCGUGGGCCUGCCGGCCUCUGAGAACAAGCUCCUCCGCCCGGCCUUGGCCUUGGCCUUGGCCUUGGCCUCCCCGCCACCGGGCCACGAUGGAGACGCUCUCCCAAGAUUCUUUGCUGGAAUGUCAGAUCUGUUUCAAUUACUACAGCCCCCGGCGAAGGCCCAAGCUGCUGGACUGCAAACACACCUGCUGCUCGGUGUGCCUCCAGCAGAUGAGGACGAGCCAGAAGGACGUGAGAUGCCCGUGGUGCCGGGGCAUCACCAAGCUGCCCCCAGGCUUCUCCGUGUCGCAGCUCCCCGACGACCCCGAGGUCCUGGCGGUCAUCGCCAUCCCGCACGCGUCCGAGCACACCCCGGUCUUCAUCAAACUUCCCAGCAAUGGGUGCUACAUGCUGCCCCUGCCCAUCGCCAAGGAGCGAGCGCUGCUGCCCGGAGACCUGGGCUGCCGCCUGCUGCCCGGGAGCCAGCAGAAGCCCGUCACGGUGGUGACGAUCCCCGGGGAACAGCAGCCCCUGCAGGGGGGGCCGCCCCAGGAGGCGGUGGAGGAGGAGCCAGACAGGCGGGGCGCGGCGAAAAGCUCCACCUGGUCCGGGGUGUGCACUGUGAUCCUUGUGGCCUGCGUCCUGGUCUUCCUCCUGGGCAUCGUGCUGCACAACAUGUCUUGCAUUUCUAAGCGCUUCACUGUGAUAUCCUGUGGCUGAGCGGGCCUGCCGAAGUCUCUCGUGGGUGCCAACUAGGGGUUGAGCAGGUGUUGGUGAUGGGAUCGCAGCGAGAAGGAGGGGGCCGACGCUGAUCAUUUGGUGCCAGCGCUGGCCUCGGGGCUGCCACUUGAUUAGCGGAGGGCAGACGUGAGGUCUCCACAGGAUACCAGGCAAAUCAUUCUGAGUGUUGGUGGCAACAGCUUCGAAGACGAUUGCAUGCAUCCUCAUAAUCAUUUACUAAAUGGACUGUAAUUUCUGAUUUUUCAAAAUCAUGUUACGAGAUAGACGUAUUCUACUUAGACGUUAAACCGUGCAAGUGCAUACAAUGUGAUCUUCUCUAAAUGUGGUAGAUUAAAACAAAGAUGCUAUGUAUACAAGUAGAAUUAAACCUGAGAAUCCAUGUAAAAAUUCAGCGACGACAUGCAGUGCUGGUUUCUUUCCCCUUUUUAAUGGAAAUCCAGUCUCGUUUAGUUGCUAAGGCUUUUUAUACCUUUUGAAUGGCACCCAAAUUAAAGUAAGUGAAGUGGACUGUCAUUUUUUUUUUGAAGAAAAUGUUUGAACAAGUGUUCCCGGUGUGUUGUGUUUUGUUACGCACCUUCAUUUUUCUUCCCUUGUAAUUAGAGCUCGCUACGUGUUUAUUAAACUGAAAGCCCAACGGGGGAGCAAUAAACUGAGUAAUCAUGAGAAAUACCUAAUCCUACAGGAACCCUAUAUGCCAAUUUUUCUCAAGCCAUCUCAUGAGAUAAGGAUUUUAAAUGUAAAUAUUGUGUAUUUGUGUGUGUGUGAGUGUGUGUCAUUUGAUUUACCUCAGGUUUUGAAUCUUUUCAGAAGAAUCCCAGGAGUAAGACUUUGUUGGCCCGAAUGAGUCCAGGGUCUGACACAGUGGCCACCUCUUGGGCACCGGGACCCGCUCUGUGAAGUGUCACCCACUCGUCACUUCCAACAUUUGCUCCUCUUCUGUGUAUUCAAGUCCUGUGUUCUGUGAGGCACAAAUGGAAAGUAACAGAAGACUCUGUCUUUUGUCCUGGUUUGGAGGAGUCGUAGUAGAUAUGAGUGUUGUUCGUCGAUGACAAACCCGGACUGACAUUUUAAUAGACAGUCCAUGAUUACUUUUCAAAAGAUGUCGCGCUGUGAGAAUUAAACCGUUUAGGAUUCUAGUUUCCUCUUGCUGGUAUAAGUGAGACGAUCUCUUGUAUUUCAAAAUGUUUUUAUUGAGAAAAGUGACAAGGUAAACCAACAACUCACAUUCCCAAUUUAAAUGGAUCAGUUCAUCAUAAAUUCUCAAAUAUUCUUAAAUGUGUAGUGGCCUACAGAUGCUCAUGAAGAAAGAUCUGCUGGCGUUAAGCGGUAAAUUCCUGUGCCUGAAUGUGUGUGCAUUCAGAAAUAGCUGUGAGCUUUUACAGUUCUCCAAUUUCUUUUAUGGAAUUCAUGAAGCAAGUAUAUUUGAAAGCUCAAAGUAGAAAUUAGGUUAAAAUGCCAUUUUAUUGUGUAAGCUAUUGGGCAUUAUACAACAAAUAAUCUAGGAUUUAUUUGGUAUUAAUAAUUUAGGUAUCAUAUUAGCUGAAUACUAUCCUCUAUUAUGUAACAUAAUAUACUGUUGGGUUAGUGUCAACUUCUCAAAAUCUGCCAGGCUGCCGUGAUGCAUGUCUGACCUCAUUUCUAUUCCUCUUGGAGGGAAAAAAAAAAAAAUCACCAAAAUGUUGCAUUAAGAAUGCUACAUUUCAAAUAGACUUUCCCCUUUGCAAUUUCCAGCCAGGCCAUAUUUGAGUUAAUUUUGUGAAUGAUAUCUGCAUCUGUUUAUGUACAGUAUGAAGUGACUGGCCCUGUAGUGUAGUAUGUCCUCGAGUUCUGUGUGUUAAGUAGGUUAGAUGUAGACACUAAUGCGUGUGGCCGUAGAGCCCCGUGUUUCUUAGUGCAAAGCAGUAGAGUAAAAAUGUCCACGUAACUUAAAAACAAUCCCAUGCUAGAGCUGCAGGUGAGAGUGCAAAAUUAAUCGGCUCUGUGAUAGAUUCUUGACUUUUCAAUUUAAGGUAACAAUAAUACCAAGAUCAGAAUUUCCUGUGUGAGUCUUACUGACCUAAGAAAUAUUGUUUAAAUGCAUUCUGCCUCCAGUUACCUGUACAUUGCCUCUUACGGUGCACCGUUGUGCACACGUGUAAGUGCGCGUGUGUUUGUGCGUGUCAUACCUCAGCCUACAGAUAGAAUUUUUGUCGACUGGCUGUUUCACUGUUAGCUGGCAUCCCCUUGCUCUGGCCUCUUCUGGCAUUUCCUCACAACAUGAACAACUCAUCUACCCCGUGUGACAAAAGUCCAGUGACCCAAUCAACCGGAAUUCACAGUUGCACAUGAGUGAAAAAAAUCACAACUGAAAGCACAGAGUCAGAGCUGAAAGCAAUCCCCAGUGGAUUUGUUUCGUACAUGAGCCCGUGGAGGCCCACAGAGGUAGGUGGCCCCUUGAAAUUCUGCAACAAAAGGGAGAUGAGAACUGCAUUAGAGUUUCUCUUGCUCCUUCUUAUGCCUGUUGACAUCUCUGUCGGACUGUGAGCCUUUGGAGGGUGGAUGCAUACCCUUUACUCCUUUACUGACUCAACUAUUGCUUUAGGUUGUGUGGGUUUUUGUUGUUGUUGUUGUUGUUUUUAAUAUAUAUACAUAUUCCUUUUAGUUAGCACUACCUCUCUGGGAAAUGAAAGGAGGGUUGAUUAAAAGACGAGUAGAGACAUUUAAUAAAAAUGAUGUGAUUUGAAUUUUUAAAAUCGCACACCAUUGGUUCCCCCCCCCUUAUGUAAAGGACAAUGAGUGUUGUGUAAAUAGUUAACUUUAAGAAGCAUGAAUUUUCAUCUUUAUUAAUGAUCUUGACAUAAACAAGAGAAUGCUCAAUAUGUUAAGUUGAGCCAAGUAUGCUAUCGAAAAGCGUUGUCUUUGGGAAAUUUUCAUAUAAUGACCUGGGGCAUAAGUUGUGAUGAAAAGGCAAAUUGGUUCUCAGUUUCAGUCAUACUUUAUGAUUAGAAAGCUAAAAGGUACUUUCUUUGAGAAUAUAAUUAAGUUUAAUCUUCUGCAUGACUUCAGAGUAGGUCCCUUGAAGGUUAACCCAUGUGCUGGUGCAGCCUUCGAGAUCUAGUCUGUUCAGUAGACCUUUCUCGGAUGAUGGAAAUGUUCUAUAACCUAUGCUGUCCAAUAUAGUAGCCACUGGCCACAUUGGCUAGUGGGCAGCUGAAGCAGGGUUAGUACGACUGAGGAGGUGGAUUUUGUAUUUUAAGUUACUUAAACAUAGUCGCUCACAUGGCUAGUGGCUACCAUAUUGGACCAUGGGAUUCUGGAGGGUUGUGCAGGGGAAUCUAGCAUCAGUGUUAAUGGAAUAAGGCUAAGAAGACGGUUUGUGGUUUAGUUACAUGCAGUUGGCUGAAAAAUCCUUUCUGGGCUUAAAAAGUAUAUGAUCUCAAGUGUGACAAUAAAAAUUCAUUGUUGCCCUUUGGGGUUAUUACUUACAUACUUUGGGUCAAAGAAUGGUCAGUGAAACUUAAAGAGCGCUUUCUGAAGCCCCGUUUCUGGGAUCAUUAGCUGCAUGUGAAUCUGUUGUCCAAAAAUAGUAGUUAGACAGUAGCUGUAAAACGUUUGACUUGCAAGCUAUGCAUGACCUGUACUGUGAAACUGUGUCUAGGGUCUUAUGGCCAAAAAGUAAAUGUUACAGAAAAAAAGAAAAAAAAAAGCGCCUAAUGAAAUUCCUCUUUGCUUCCAGCAUCUUCCCCAGACUUCAUCACUGCAUCAGUAAGGUGUGAAAUGUAAAAGCAGGCAUGUUUUGCAGUGCUCAUAGAGGGUUUUUGUUUGCCCUUGAAGUCUGCUGGCUUGUCAUUGUGUUUGGUGUGGGCAUAUGUGGGCAUCCUUUUUCAGAUGCCAGACUAUAACAUAGGUACUGUUUUUAGAGUGAGAUUUGACACUGUUUUAGUCUUGUUUGGUUUUUCCUUUUAUCCCUUUAUCACUGAACGAAUUGGAAAUUUGCAGCCUUGCACAGAAGCUUUUUUUUUUUUUUUUGGCUUAAAAAACAUUGCCCAUGGAAUUUAAAGACUUCAGGGUUAUUAAAGUUACUAAAACUGCUUUUUAAGUGAGUAAAGGAAAGCAGAAGACUUGGUUUGUGAUAUAUUUUCAUAGAAAGAUGAGACUCUUCCUGACUGUAUGGUGUGUAUUCUAGUCUAGAUUUUGGUUUGAAGAGUUCCCAUUGCUUUAUCUGAAAUCCUGUGCUGUGUCAAAAUUGGCUGGUCUGUUUUUCAUUGCUUCUGAAUAUAAGGUAAACAUUGCAUUCAUUUCAAUUUAGCCCAAUUGAGUAAAUUUUUUUUCUAGAACUUGUCGGUGGGCAUGACCUUUUUAGCUUGUCUUUUGAAAUUACUAUUAAUAUUUUUUUUGCCAAAAUGGUAGUUUUUCUUUGGACUCAGGAGGAAUUUAGAGGUCCAGAGGUUAUUGGUAUGAGAGGAGUACUAUCGAAAAGGUUUGAAUUUCUAUCUUCUCUUAAAAGAAUGAUGCUGCCAAUCAAUCAGUGUUUUGUUUCCACAUAAGAAGUGUCACGAGUCAGUUGAUCUGUCAUCCUUGACCUGGAAGAAGAGACUGUUCCUUGCCAUUUCCGUCAUUCCCAGUAAAACAUCACUUACAAGGUAACCCUCACCAAAAGAGAAACUCCAAAAAAGAACAAAGUAAUCCAGAUAAUUCAGUAACUGUUGAAAAUAGUAAUCUAUCUCAAAGGCAAUGAAGAUCAGUUAAAUUUUAUUAAGCAUGAAAUACUUCUAAAAAAGAAGUGGAAAUUCAAGCCAUUGAUUUUUUUUUUUCUGACAUGAUUCCCUGUAUAGAGAUCUAUAUCUAUAUCUUCACAUAGGUAUAGACAUGUAGAUACACACACGACUUAGCUGUAACAGGAGUUUAAAUAUCAAGUAAAAAAUGUUGUUAGUCAUGUUUUCCAAUUUGUGGGUUAUAUAAUGUUGACUUUAGAUGUUAAUUUCUUAACAAAUGCUAUAGGUUGCAUACAUUAUAUCAAACCAACCACCUUUGGGAAAGUCUAUAUAAAUAAACUCUUGAGACUUCAAACAUAUGAAAAGGUGGGUUCUACUGUGUACAUUUUAUUGGAAAGCCAUUGAUGAUUGAAGAGCAUAAGUAAGUGGGGCAUUUAAUUUCCAUUUUCCAAAUGGCUUGUUUUUUGACUCUGCUCAAGCAUCAUGGGUAGAGUACCGUUAUUCCUGAACUCUUGCAACAUGGCUCCAAUUUUUCUGCACAAGUUUCCUUGCACAGUUGGGCCAAUGGGUUGUUGUAUUUUUUUUCAGGAUUCACUGCCUGGGGUAUCCCACUAUGUAUAUCUCACUUAUGAUGUAGUGGUGCUUGAAAACCCUCAUCUCGUUAGCUGGACUUUAUUAUUCUAGUCUAAGAUUUUUGAUACUAUUCAUAUUAUGAUCUUUUUAGGGACAAUCAGUAAUAUUUGGGGCAGAGUACAGAGGAGUCUCUUGAAGUCUGCAACAGCAUGCAUUUUCUUUGUUUUUCUGGGGUGCUCUCUUAUAGUUAUCCUGUUCUUCUAGAACACUGCUCUAAAUUCAUCACCAUGGGAUGUAGGGCUGGUAGCCCAUGUGCAAGUUUUCUGUAUUCUCCCUGUGAGUUACUGGGUUAUUCUAACAGGAGUUCCAAGGAAUGUUCAAUUUUUAAUUUGACAUUUGCUUUUUGAGAAUCUGGAAGUAGAUAAUUGAAUGUGAGGGUGGUAAAGGAGCAUGGGCAGUAGGAAGGAGGAGAUAAGAGGGAAAAAAAAUGCCCCCUUAAAGGGGGAGCAAAUAGCAACCUCAAUCUAUGUCAUCUGUAUUUAAAUCGUGGGAGGACAAGAAUAGCUGCUGCCAUGCACCGAGCUUCAGAAAACAACUGGAGAGAAAAAUUCUGUCUGGGAGCAGUGGAGAUGUGGCCUCAGGUCUAGAGCAAAAUAGAUAGGCAGAGUGCCCAAGACAGUAAGAAGAUACUUGCCAAAAAGGAGAGAAAUCUACAAUGGGAUCACAAGUCGAGACAAAAUGUAUAGGAGCUAAAGAGCUGUCAUGGAUGACUAGGAGUAAUGUAGACAAGCACAAUUGGUCCUUCUAGAACAGCCUGCCAAAUUCCAUUCCAGAUGUUUCAGUUGAAGACAUAGGGAAAUGGGUUCAGCUGAUGAGAGAAUGCAAGGAGGCCCCCCAGCGUUCUCUGCACACUAGACGCUUUAGAGUUGGUUGCUGAGUCAUUACAAACUAAUACCACCCUCUUACCAGUGAAAUGCAGUGCCCCUGCCUGUGGAUGUUUCCCAACUGAGUAGGUCAAUAGUAUUGGAAGACUCAUUCAAGAAUAUUUUCGUUUUUCAAUCCUGGUUGUUGUCAUUUCUUCUAUUUUCUUUAUUCCUGUUUGCCUCACUUGACAGUUGCAGGUGGGGAGGCUGGUUUCAGCUUGGGGUGGGUACAAACUCCCCAACCCAAGCCAUGCAGCUGGUGAACAGGGUUCCCGCCAUUUCUUCCAGGCCCACUGGUGGGUUCCCCGGCCCUCUUGAUAACUAAUACUCCAGUCAAAUGGCUAGAUUAAUGCUGCUCUAGAGGCUAACUCAAGUCCUUGACAUGUUUCAUUUACAAGUAUGUGGAUUAUUUAUUUUAGGAGCUUUUCUUUUAAAGGGCCAAAUAGCCCUACAGAUAAAUGAGCUGCUGGGCUGUGUAGAAAAUAUUGUUCAAAUGUUGCCAAAUAAUUGACUUUGUAAGGGGGAUAUUAAGCUGCUGUUUAUAAAUCUGAAUGUCUUAAAAGCAUUCUUGCUUGCUCUCUCUGUUGUAGAUGGUGUCUUAGCAAGUCCUGAGUUUUUCCAAUGAACCCAAUUUUAAUAUAUGGUAUUUUUGUAUGCCAAACUGGUGUCUUGUCCUUUGUAUAUGUGGUAAUGUUGAUUUUAUGACUACUGUUAAAACACAUUUGCUAUGAUUAAAAUUCAUAAAACGAUUUCAAAUAGA